AAUGUUUUCGAAUCCAAAAUUCAAACAUGAAAGUUGAUGAAAGGGUGAUUUUAUAAUAAUUCUAGAUUAAUACAGUAGGAAAAAUGUAGUGUGUUUUAAUGUGUAAAAGGGGAUGUAAUAUCAACAUUACGAUACAAAACAGACAUAAUCCGAAUACCAGAAGGCCACUGCUGGAUCGAGGGCGACCACACUGGUCAUUCUAUGGACUCUAACAACUUCGGUCCCGUAUCCGUAGGCCUUGUGACUGCCAAAGCGACUUGCAUAGUGUGGCCCCCUUCCAGGUGGCAGCUCAUUUACUCAUCUGUACCUGAAUCUCGAAGACCUCUUAAUCUGAAACCUAGUUUGAAGUCCGGAAGCCUAGUGGAAAUUGCGAAGUGUUAAUACGAUGAGAGCUAUAUCAUUAGUAAACAGAUUCGAGUUUGAGUUUCCCGGGAACGUGGCUAGGAAUGCUAUUAUAUUAGGAGAUGUGGAUAACGAUGGCUGUAAUGAGUUAAUUGUGGGGAAUCAAAAUGGAGAAGUGGCGAUAUUCAAAGGCAGGGAAAGACACCAAUCCAUUCCAAAACUGAACUUCAUCGGCUGCAUGGCUGUAGGAGAUAUUACAAACCAGAAUAAGAAUGUACUGAUAGUGAUCACUGCCGAUGGUUGGUGUUACCUCUAUAUCAACCCAGUACCACUUGUAGAAGACUCAUUUCAAAAGGAAAAAGAUGAGGGCGUAGAAGAGGUUGAUGGUCAGUCUCACUCUGUGACAGGAAAUAUAGAAGUUACACCACCUGCAGAUGUUCCUAGUACCUCUAAAGUUAAGACAGAGAAAAAGGAAAAAAUCCAGUUGGUUUGUUUUCAUGUGCAAAGGAUUCCUGCAAACACUAAGGAUAUUAUAAUAGGCGAUAUUGACGGUGAUGGCAACUUUGAAAUGGUUUUGGGGCUAACAGAUCGAGUGGUUAGGUCUUACAAAUGGAUGAGCAAUCCAAAUCGCUCAACGCUGGAUAUUUCUGAUGUCAGCAAUCAAUUCGAGCCCUCAGAUAAAAUACUAGGAAAAUUCGUGGCACUGAACAAAUGGGAAUGUGCCAACCAAAUAGGCUCCAUAACAUUGCACCAUUCAGCAGACGGUAAACCUUCAAUACUAAUCGCUCAACCUGGAGGAACCUUCAUGAGGAUCAAGUGCCAAAGUGAUGAUCUAAUCGGUGAGGAGUGCAUUGAAAGCUCUGUACAUAGCAAUUCAGGCAGCUCACUUGGUGAAAAUAUAACCAGUUCCAUAGACUACCAGUUCCUAGGAAUAUCUCGUAUGAGGAACCAAAACAUCUCGACUGAAAUCUUGGGAGAUCUGAGGUACUCACAGUACGAUAGUGGUGUUAGUAUCGACAAAAGUUCUUGUUCAUCUCAGAAGGAGCCUUCCAGUGCCCCUACAAAAGGCAAACCAUAUGCUUUAGCCACUCUAGAUGGAACUAUCAUGCUGGUACAAGAUGAAGUAAUACUAUGGGCAAUUGCUGUGGACCACCAAAUUUUCGCCCUCACGAAACUGGACGUUACGGGCACGGGUUCGGACGAUAUCGUCGCGUGUUCGUGGGACGGAGAGACCUACAUUCUAGACCAAGAUAAGAACUCCGUUAGGUUCCAUUUGGACGAACCGGUACAAGCGUUUCAGAGCGGCUAUUAUAACAUCCAGCCAGACGUGCCCGAUGUGACUUGCCUGGUCUACGUUACGUUUAAGAACAGCAUUAUAGUCUACUAUGAUCUUCCUCUCAAGGAGCUAAUUUGUAAAAAAUUCGAACCGGACGUGGUAAAACUCAGUGAAUUGUUUAUCGGUGACGGUAGAGAGCCUGAGGAAGCCUUAGAGUACGUCAAAAACAUGGACAGAAAGACAAGGAGGGACUUGGUCGAAUAUUUAAUGUACAAUAACUAGGAUUUUUGUUGAUUUUUUUGUUAUAAAUAAAUUUUAGAUAUGUUUAAA